CUCUUUCCGCUACCCAGUGAUGCCUUUCCUUCACCGUUGUUCAUUGUUUUGUUUUUCUCACCCCCUCUUUUAUAUACGCUUAUAUCCCCAGCUCACUGUCUUGCCUCUCCUCCCUCAGAAACCUAAAGGACUUCCCUCAGUUGAAAGAAGCAGUAGCACCAUCUUUGUCCCUGGAAAUUCUUCCCCCCGGCCAGAUCUCCUGGGGAGGUGCCAGGCUGGCUCGCGCCUUGCUGAGCUCUGGGGCCCCAGGAACAUGGACACUCUCAAUAGGAACCAGGUGGGCCCUGGAUGUAAGACCCCGGCCCUGGUGCAGAAAGGACCCUUGGACCUGAUCGAAACAGGCAAAGGGCUGAAAGUGCAGACGGACAAACCCCAUCUGGUGAGCCUGGGCAGCGGGCGGCUCAGCACAGCCAUCACCCUUCUACCGCUGGAAGAAGGGAGGACCGUGAUUGGCUCUGCGGCCAGGGACAUCUCACUGCAGGGUCCGGGCCUGGCUCCGGAGCACUGCUACAUCGAGAACCUGCGGGGCACCCUCACCCUCUACCCCUGUGGCAAUGCCUGCACUAUUGAUGGGCUCCCGGUCCGGCAGCCCACUCGGCUCACUCAGGGCUGCAUGUUGUGCCUGGGUCAGUCCACCUUCCUCCGCUUUAACCACCCAGCUGAAGCCAAGUGGAUGAAGAGCAUGAUCCCGGCAGGGGGCCGGGCCCCUGGCCCCCACUACGGUCCUGGCCCAGAAUCCGAAAGCCUGGUCAACGGGAACCACACCCCUCAGCCUGCAAUCCGGGGACCCUCCGCCUGUGGCAGCCACAGUUCCCUGGUGAGCUCUAUUGAGAAGGACCUGCAGGAAAUCAUGGACUCACUGGUGCUAGAGGAGCCUGGAGCUGCUGGCAAGAAGCCUGCCGCCACAUCUCCACUGUCACCAAUGGCCAAUGGCGGGCGCUACCUGCUGUCCCCCCCAACCAGCCCCGGCGCCAUGUCUGUGGGCUCCAGCUAUGAGAACACCUCUCCGGCCUUCUCUCCACUCUCCUCGCCAGCCAGCAGUGGGAGCUGUGCCAGCCACUCACCCAGCGGGCAGGAACCAGCACCUUCCCUGCCCCCCCUGGUGCCCGCCCGGUCCUCCAGCUACCAUCUGGCCCUGCAGCCCCCACAGUCCCGACCGAGCGGUGCUCACCCCUCCGAGAGCCCCCGGCUGGGCAGGAAGGGGGGUCACGAGAGGCCUCCCAGCCCUGGUCUCCGAGGUCUGCUGACAGACAGCCCUGCAGCUACCGUCCUGGCUGAGGCCCGCAGAGCCACCGAGAGCCCCUGGCCGGGUGGGCAGCUGCCCGUGGUGGCGAUCAGCCUGAGUGAAUACCCUGCUUCCAGUGCCCGGGGCCCGCCCACCAGCAUUCCCGGCAGCCCCAAGUUCCAGCCGCCAGUCCCUGCACCCCGAAACAAGAUUGGCACGCUCCAGGACCGCCCUCCCAGCCCUUUCCGGGAGCCGCCAGGCGCUGAGCGGGUGCUGACCACCAGCCCCUCACGCCAGCUGGUGGGCCGAACAUUUUCGGAUGGCUCAGCCACCCGCACACUGCAGCCUCCAGAGAGCCCCCGUCUUGGCCGGCGGGGCCUGGACAGCAUGAGAGAACUGCCUCCCUUGAGCCCAUCUCUGUCCCGCAGGGCGCUCUCCCCCAUGCCUGCCCGGACCGCCCCAGAUCCCAAGCUAACCAGGGACGUGGCAGACAGCCCCCGCUCCCGGCGCUGGGCAGCCCACGGGGCUUCGCCGGAGGACUUCUCCCUGACACUGGGGGCCCGGGGCCGUAGGACACGGAGCCCCUCUCCCACACUCGGGGAGUCCCUAGCACCCCGCAAGGGCAGCUUCAGUGGCAGACUGAGCCCAGCUUACAGUCUGGGCUCCUUGACAGGGGCUUCACCCCGCCAGAGCCCCCGCGCCCAGAGGAAGCUCUCCAGCGGGGACCUGCGGGUGCCCGUCACCCGGGAGCGGAAAAACAGCAUCACGGAGAUCAGUGACAAUGAGGAUGACCUCCUGGAGUACCACCGGCGGCAGCGCCAAGAGCGGCUUCGGGAGCAGGAGAUGGAGAGGCUGGAACGCCAGCGCCUGGAGACCAUCCUGAACCUGUGCGCCGAGUACAGCCGGGCGGAUGGGGAACCCGAGGCCGGGGAGCUGCCCAGCAUAGGGGAGGCAGCCGCAGCCCUGGCCCUGGCCAGCCGGAGGCCCUCACGAGGCCUCGCGGUGGGCCCUGGGGCCCCAGGCCGCGGCAGCGAGGAGCCUGGAGGUGCCGCCCAGCGCCUGUGGGAGAGUGUGGAGCGCUCGGACGAGGAGAAUCUCAAGGAGGAAUGCAGUAGCACUGAGAGCACCCAGCAGGAGCACGAGGAUGCCCCCGGCGCCAAGCUCCAGGGAGAGGUGCUGGCCCUGGAAGAGGAGCGGGCUCAGGUGCUGGGGAGAAUAGAGCAGCUCAAAGUCCGGGUGAAGGAGCUGGAACAGCAGCUGCAGGAGUCGGCCCGAGAGGCUGAAAUGGAGCGGGCGCUGCUGCAGGGGGAGAGGGAGGCUGAGCGGGCACUGCUGCAGAAAGAGCAGAAGGCGGUGGACCAGCUACAGGAGAAGCUGAUGACCUUGGAGACGAGCAUCCAGAAGGAGAGGGACAAGGAGAGGGCGGAGCUGGCCGCGGGACGGAGGCACCUGGAGGCCCGCCAGGCGCUCUACGCCGAGCUCCAGACGCAGCUCGAUAACUGCCCCGAGUCAGUGCGGGAACAGUUACUGGAGCAGCUGAGAAGGGAAGCCGAGGCCCUGGAGACGGAGACGAAGCUCUUCGAGGACUUGGAGUUCCAGCAGCUGGAGCGGGAGAGCCGCGUGGAGGAGGAGCGCGAGCUGGCGGGCCAGGGGCUGCUCCGGAGCAAGGCAGAACUGCUCCGUAGCAUCGCCAAGAGGAAGGAGCGCCUGGCGGUCCUGGACAGUCAGGCUGGGCAGAUCCGGUCCCAGGCUGUGCAGGAGUCGGAACGCCUUGCCCGGGAUAAGAAUGCCGCCCUGCAGCUGCUGCAGAAGGAGAAGGAGAAACUGGCUAUGCUGGAAAGAAGAUACCACUCGCUCACAGGUGGCCGGCCUUUCCCAAAGACCACAUCCACCCUCAAAGAGGUUUACCGCUCCAAGAUGGACGGCGAGGCCACCAGCCCCCUGCCACGCACCCGCAGCGGGCCGCUCCCCUCCUCCUCUGGCUCAUCUUCCUCCUCCUCCCAGCUCAGCGUGGCUACCUUGGGCCGCAGCCCCUCACCCAAGAGCACUCUGCUCGCCCAGAACGGCACCAGCAGCCUUCCUCGCAACCUGGCAGCCACCCUGCAGGAUAUCGAGACCAAGCGCCAGCUGGCCCUGCAGCAGAAGGGGCAGCAGGUGAUCGAGGAGCAGCGGCGGCGGCUGGCGGAGCUGAAGCAGAAGGCGGCGGCGGAGGCGCAGUGCCAGUGGGACGCCCUGCACGGGGCGGCGCCCUUCCCCACUGGGCCCGCGGGCUUCCCGCCACUCAUGCACCACUCCAUCCUGCAUCACCUGCCGGCCUCACGGGAGCGAGGCGAGGAGGGUGAGCACGCCUACGACACGCUGAGCCUGGAGAGCUCCGACAGCAUGGAAACCAGCAUCUCCACGGGGGGCAACUCGGUCUGCUCCCCUGACAACAUGUCCAGCGCCAGCGGCCUGGACAUGGGGAAGAUUGAGGAAAUGGAGAAGAUGCUGAAAGAAGCUCACGCAGAGAAGAGUCGGCUGAUGGAGUCGAGGGAGCGGGAGAUGGAGCUGAGGCGGCAGGCCCUGGAGGAGGAGCGGAGGCGGCGGGAGCAGGUUGAACGGAGGCUGCAGAGCGAGAGCGCCCGGAGGCAGCAGCUCGUGGAGAAGGAGGUCAAGAUGCGGGAGAAGCAGUUCUCGCAGGCACGACCCCUGACACGCUACCUGCCAAUCCGGAAGGAAGACUUUGACCUGAAGACCCACAUCGAGUCGUCAGGCCAUGGCGUGGAUACCUGUCUGCACGUGGUGCUCAGCAGCAAGGUCUGCCGUGGCUACUUGGUCAAGAUGGGCGGCAAGAUCAAGUCAUGGAAGAAGCGCUGGUUUGUCUUUGACCGGCUCAAGCGCACCCUUUCCUAUUAUGUGGACAAGCACGAGACGAAGCUGAAGGGGGUCAUCUACUUCCAGGCCAUCGAGGAGGUGUACUAUGACCACCUGCGCAGUGCCGCCAAGAAGAGGUUUCUGAGCUUCACUAUGGUGACUGAGAGCCCGAACCCAGCCCUGACCUUCUGCGUGAAGACGCACGACCGGCUGUACUACAUGGUGGCCCCGUCCGCAGAGGCCAUGCGCAUCUGGAUGGACGUCAUCGUCACAGGGGCCGAGGGCUACACUCAGUUCAUGAACUGAGGCCAUGCGCAUCUGGAUGGAUGUCAUCAUCACAGGGCCGAGGGCUACACUCAGUUCAUGAACUGAGGCCAUGCGCAUCUGGAUGGAUGUCAUCGUCACAGGGCCGAGGGCUACACUCAGUUCAUGAACUGACCCACCGGGGCCCAGCAGCCCACUGCCCCACCUGCCUCUGGACAGGAAGUCGCGCCCUGGGCUCCCAGAGGCCCUGGAAGGCGGAGCACGACUGGGGCUUUUGUACAAGAGACUCUAAUGUCCUGUAAGGAGCUCGUCCUGUGAGUUUCUGAGCUUUGGCCCCCUCUGAAAAACCAGCCAGGAGGUAAAAGUUGAGGAGGGGGCUUUGCUGCCUCCUGGGAGCCCAGAACUUGCAAUAGCCUGUUAGGGUCCUGCCCCAGGGCCCCCCCAGGCUGAGGUGCUGUCACAGAGGGGGCCCCCCCACUCUGACCUGGCACCUGCGCUCCCUGCCUGUGUUCUCUUUUCUAAAGGACACGUUAUGGUACCAGAAUCUGCCAAAGAUCCCCUCUUGCCUCAGCCCCCAUUGCAGGGCCCUUGGGGGCUGAGUAGCUCCACAUCCAGAGUAGGGUAACAGCUCAGGCAGUGUAAUUCUCAAACCCCGCUCUAUCCCAUUCUUGUGCCGCAUUUGUAUUUUUUAUGAUUUUGCUCAAGGACCAGAGACUGAGUGUCAUCCUUGAGGUCCCAGCCCUAGCCCCUUUUUGCAGACCCAUCACCACGGUCACCAUAGUGACUGCUUCAUCACCAUGGUUACAUACUAAUUGCCAUGGCUCCGUGGCUCAGCCCACUGCUUAGCUGCGGGCCCAUCUGAGGGUACGUGCCAUCAUCUCUCCAGCCCAGGCCCUUGGGCAUCUCCUGCUGGGGAUGGGGAAAGGGACUAAAUACCUUCACCCUGCCCCCUGCCUGUGUCUCCAGGCCCUGAUACACAGCCUGCCGGCUCCCCCCUCCAGCCCUCCCCCAUACACUCGUGCCUUGCUUAGAGCCAGAAGGGACGAAGCCGGGAACUGGAGGCCAGAGGAGGAGCCAUCAGAUGGGAGAAGGAGCUAGGAGGGCCGUCCUCGGGGUUCUGGUAUAUGGCUGAGUUUCUGAUGGACAGAGGGCUGUUCAGAUGCUCCCUGGAGGAAGUCUUGAGCAGGAGGGGGAGCCCGAGGGUCUGGUUGCCCUCCCCUCAGAAUGGGGAUGAAAUGAAGAGCAGAGGCCCAGGCCUCCAGGUGUCUGGGCUCAGCCCUUUGCGCCUUAACACUAAGCCCACCUCCCUGUCCCCCUUCCCAGCCCUGGACCAUGGUUGCCAGGCCUGGGCUGGAUGUUUUUCAGUAUUUGUAAGCAUCUCAGCAGAACAAUAAAGCAUUUGGACUAUG